GCCAGCCGCAUCGACACGGUGAGAAUGAUUCGCAAGGAUGACAUGUUUGUGACGCCCCAAGAUCGUCAGCGAAAGCAGUUACGCUUUCGCGGUGACCUGGCGGCGCAUUAUGGUUUCAACCGGGAUUCUGUCGGUUCCGGGUUGAAUGGAACGUCUGGCAACAAUCGUAUCGAGGAAGCUUCAUCCGAUGACGAUACGAAACGGGUACAAAAUGGGGAAACGACACCGGAGCGACCAGAACGUGGUAGUCUGUACGAUUUUGUUCGUAUAGAGCUUACCCGCGGGUAUGUGCUGGAACACGACGAAGAGCGAUACUCGGCAAGGCGUGAGAAAAUAUACUCCUUCCUGAAGAUACCGCGCGAGCUGGAAAGUUUCAUGCUGUACGGAGUACUUCAGUGUGCCGACUCGUUUCUGUACAUCUACACCUUUCUACCGAUAAGAUAUGUGCUAGCACUGUGGGCAUUACUUACCAGACCGAUUGCACGCUGCCUUGGGCUUCGGCGUCCUUCCCAGCGGUUACUUACACCGGCGGAAAUUUGCGAUUUACUAAAGGGCACGAUUUGGAUAAUCUGUAGUUACACACUGCUGUACGUCGAUACGAACAUGCUAUACCAUCUGAUCAAGAGCCAAUCGAUCAUUAAGCUGUACAUAUUCUACAACAUGCUAGAGGUGGGCGACCGGUUACUGUCCGCGUUCGGGCAGGACACGAUCGAUGCACUGUUCUGGACGGCAACCGAACCGAAGCACAGCAAACGGCAACAUCUGGGUACGAUUCCACACUUUCUGUUUGCGAUCGUGUACGUGACGAUGCACAGCGUGCUGGUAAUGUUCCAGGCAACCUCUCUGAACGUCGCAAUUAACUCGAACAACAAGGGUUUGCUGACUAUCAUGAUGUCGAAUAACUUUGUCGAGCUGAAAGGCAGCGUGUUUAAGAAGUUCGACAAAAACAACCUGUUUCAGCUAAGCUGUAGCGAUGUGCGGGAACGCUUCCAUCUGUCCGUGCUGAUGCUGAUCGUGCUGAUACAGACGAUGAAGGAGUUUAGCUGGAAAUCGGAACAAUUUUUCGUCAUGUUUCCGGACUGCAUGUACGUCAUGAUAACGGAGUGUUUGGUGGACUGGAUCAAACACGCGUUCAUCACGCGGUUCAAUGAGAUACCGUGCGAAGUGUAUCGGGAGUACACCACCAGUCUGGCCUACGAUAUGACACAAACCCGGCAGAAGCAUGCAUUUAGCGAUCAUUCCGAUCUGGUCGCUCGUCGUAUGGGCUUCAUACCGUACCCGCUCGGUGUUAUUCUGGUGAAGGCUCUCUAUCAUGCACUAUCGUUCGACAAUGCAGGUUCGAUUGUUAUACUGCUCGUGGCGUUCCUGGCGUUGCUUUGUGCGCGCGUGCUGAACACAAUUUGUGCACUCGGAAAGGCGUGCGAUCUUACCCAAAAACAUCAGGACGAGAAAAACCAGAGUGGAUGUAAUCCGCUUACUUCGACGCCUGUAGCGAGUAGUAGUGUCCGCGGACCAGGUGCCGGUGGUGGAAUGACCGUCCGUGCGACGAGUGAUACGGCUACUUCUCCGAUUCACCGUUCACAUGCAGCACAGUUAGCAAGUGUAGCCACAUCACCGGCCAGUACGGUUUCGCCAUCUUCCCCACAAUCGACACCAAUGUCGGUGGGUAAAUCACCCAGCUCACUCACCAGUUCCGUCAGCAGCAGUUCAACCGACGUUCUUCGGAAAACAUCCGGCCUAGGCGCUACCGCACUGUUUUCCAACAGUGACGUCGAUCUGGAUGAUGUUAAACUGAACGAUCAGGUCCUAAAUGGUAGCAGCACUGGCAAUGGAGAAUCUACCGCUAGCCGGUCUCAGAAGGAAGAGGAAGAAAAUGUUGCCCGCAGUGUGCCGGAUCUGCAGCAGGAACCGGGGCUAGAAAAAACACCCGGUCGACAUCAGAAUGAACCGGUCUGCAGUGAGAGCGGUGAAGGAUCGUUGCAUCAGCAUCAUCAUCCACAUUAUGUGCGAACACACAAACGAUCAGAAUCGGAACCCUCGAUCCAGCUGGAAGGUGGUGGGUAAGGCUAGUGUAUGGCGUAGAA